AUGAACCAGGAUAUAACUUAAAAAAAUAUAAUUCCAGUAAACACAUAUUUUUAAUUUGGAUUAAUACUUCUCCUCUCCUCAUUGAAUUACAAACAUAACUAACCGUAAGCUAAUAUUGUACUAUUGUACAUCAGUUCAUACUCAACAACAGUACCCCGCAGGAGUGGGAUAGAUAUGAAAUGUGAACCAUCAAUAACAGCCUUUGUAAAGACCCCAAACCCUCGACGAAGAACAGAUAAUAACGUAUCGACAUCAUGGAGAAAUUGGAUACAACAACAUAAAUGGUUUUCUUUUUUGUCUCGUACCCGUACGUAGCCCGACGUCAAAUAUGGCUACUUAUCUACCGAAUCAGGACUGACGCAUGGAAGACCGGAGCCGCAUUCCCAGUAACUCAGCCCGGAGCCCCAACCGCCCAACCCCAAAUCCAACAGCCCGCAGUCCCAACCAGCCACCGAGGACCCAGCAAAUGGCUGUACUCCUGUGGACUAUGCCAACAAGACCACAGCCUUUACUCGAGCCCUGUGUCCCGCGACAGACCCCGUUUCAGAGGUAUGAGACGGUGGAAAGACGUGGUUAUUGUCGAAACUGUCUGGCAAGGAGCCAUCUUGCCCCCGAUUGCCCCAGUUUUGAUGGCUGCAGACGUUGCGACAGCAGGCACCAUACGACCCUGCACGGGGCAUCGCAGCUGGAUGAGGUGCCACGAGCAGAUGGAAGCUAUAAACGCACCAGCCUUUGCAUGGGAUUUGAUAUUGGUGCCCACCGUAAUGAUCAGAUUAAUGGCCGAAGGGAUGGAAGGGUUCGUGAUGGUGCGGGCACUGAUGAGCCAGUCGGCAACUAUGACCACCAUUUCAUAUGCGGCAUAUGCAGCACCGCAACGCAUAACCACAUUCACUAUACGACCCAGAAGAAUUAGCAGCAGCUGGUCUCUGCAGGUAAAUGCGGUGGUGAGAGACAAACUCCCCAGGCGACUUUAUUCGGAGGCUCUUUUGGAAGACUCCACUCGGGGCUUCACUAAUUACGCCAUCGCCGGCCCAGAUCCUAGGGGGAACACGCCUAUAGAUGUGGAAUUAGGGGCGGACACAUACAACGCGAUUCGCAAAAGUGGGUGUGUGGCGGUUGGAUUGACCGAACCGGAACAUGCCUGCUGCCGAAAAUUAACAUUGUCGUUCAACACACAGCUGGGAAUUGUGUUCGCUGGACAGAUUCGGAACAUGGCAGCUGCCGAAAAUUGUAUGGAGCAAGUGGAAUUGAAGAUUUACACUUAUCACUCGGGGCCCAGAAAUGUUUACUAAUGCGUAAACUUUUGAUCUCCAUUGUCAGUUGGAGUUAACGGCCACUGCGGCAAAUUUUUAAAUAUAUGUUGCACUAACUGACUGGAAGUAAAUAAGCAAUAAAUUGAUUUGCAAAUUUGGUUGCCAAGCUGAUGCAAAUUAGGCAUCAACACAGUUCGUCUUGAAAUCGUGCCCGCGAAAGUUUAAAGUGCUCCCCAGUGACAAGUUAAAAUUAAAGACAAUAAUAAGUGAAGAUUUAAAUUAACAAACAUAAUUACAGAACAUUUUCACACAACAAACAUAACACACAACAAACAUCAUCAAAAUAUUUAUUCAACAAAUAUACAACAUGAAGAACGUUCAGCCAUAAAAAAUCAUUACACAAUUUACAAAAAAGAUAAUAAUUUUUACACAGAAAACCAUACAUCAAAACUACAUAAAUUUUUAAAAAAAAAAAAGAAAAAAAAAAAAAAAAAACAUAUAUAAAUUUACAUGAAUUUUCACACAAAAAAUACAAGAAAGAUAACACUCAUUAUUAUAUUUAUACAACACAUAAACAUAAUUUCAAUUUGCCACAUAAAAACCAAAACCACUGAAAAUUAAAACAAAUCAAUAAAGAUUAUACAUAAAUUGAAUUUUAAAUAGUAAAUAAACAUCUUGUUAAUAAAACGAUUAAAAAACAUUAAGUUUGGCCGGGCCAAACUUUUAAUACCCUCCACCUUAGGGUAAAGGAAAUAUUAGAAGAAAUGUGGCAAAAACCAUAAAAAUACCGAAUAUCGGGAGGUACCGUUAUAUGGGGGCUAUACCAAAUCGUGGACCUACACAUGCAAUGUUUCGCCAAACCACAUUCACUAUACAACCCAGAAGAAUUAGCAGCAGCUGGUCUCUGCAGGUAAAUGCGGUGGUGAGAGACAAACUCCCCAGGCGACUUUAUUCGGAGGCUCAUUUGGAAGACUCCACUCGGGGCUUCACUAAUUACGCCAUCGCCGGCCCAGAUCCUAGGGGGAACACGCCUAUAGAUGUGGAAUUAGGGGCGGACACAUACAACGCGAUUCGCAAAAGUGGGUGUGUGGCGGUUGGAUUGACCGAACCGGAACAUGCCUGCUGCCGAAAAUUAACAUUGUCGUUCAACACACAACUGGGAAUUGUGUUCGCUGGACAGAUUCGGAACAUGGCGGCUGCCGAAAAUUGUAUGGAGCAAGUGGAAUUGAAGAUUUACACUUAUCACUCGGGGCCCAGAAAUGUUUACUAGUGCGUAAACUUUUGAUCUCCACUGUCAGUUGGAGUUAACGGCCACUGCGGCAAAUUUUUAAAUAUAUGUUGCACUAACUGACUGGAAGUAAAUAAGCAACAAAUUGAUUUGCAAAUUUGGUUGCCAAGCUGAUGCAAAUUAGGCAUCAACACAGUUCGUCUUGAAAUCGUGCCCGCGAAAGUUUAAAGUGCUCCCCAGUGACAAGUUAAAAUUAAAGACAAUAAUAAGUGAAGAUUUAAAUUAACAAACAUAAUUACAGAACAUUUUCACACAACAAACAUAACACACAACAAACAUCAUCAAAAUAUUUAUUCAACAAAUAUACAACAUGAAGAACGUUCAGCCAUAAAAAAUCAUUACACAAUUUACAAAAAAGAUAAUAAUUUUUACACAGAAAACCAUACAUCAAAACUACAUAAAUUUCA